AUGGGGGCCAACUCCACUAAGCUAGAGAAGGCGUUGGCCGAGGCCCCAGAGGAUGAGCGAUAUUAUGGACUUGAAAAUUUUGGUAACACUUGCUACUGCAACUCAGUGCUUCAAGCUCUGUAUUUCUGCAAGCCGUUCCGAGAACGAUUGUUAAAAUAUGCUGCAACGUUACCGAGUAACACAGAAGAGAACUUGCUGAACUGCCUUGCGGAGCUCUUCGCCCAGAUAAACUCGAGCAAGAAGAAGGUGGGGGUGGUGUCGCCGAAGAAGUUCGUAACGCGCCUUAAACGCGACAACGAGGUCUUCCGGGGACACAUGCACCAGGAUGCUCACGAGUUCCUGAACUACCUCCUCAAUCAGAGCUGUGAGCUACUGGAGCAGGAGGCGAGAGCCAACCAAAAGCAACAGCAGCUAGCAGGAGGGGCAGGAGGCGGAGGGGGCCCGGGUUCUCAGCAAGGGGCCCCGCGGGAGCCCAUCACCACCUGGGUACAUGAGAUAUUCCAGGGCAAGCUGGUUAACGAGACGCGGUGCCUGCACUGCGAGACGGUCACGUGUCGCGAGGAGGUGUUUAUGGACCUCAGUCUGGAGAUUGAGCAGAACACGUCGCUCACCUCGUGCUUGAGGAACUUUAGCUCCAUGGAAAUGUUGGAUCGGGACGACAAGUUCUUUUGUGACCAGUGCUGCUGCCUGCAGGAGGCGAAGAAGCGCAUGUUGCUGCGCUCCGCCCCGCCCUGCCUCAUCCUGCACCUCAAGAGGUUCAAAUACGUGGAGGCGCAGGGCAGGCUCCGCAAGCUGAUGUACCGGGUCGUGUUCCCGAUGGAGCUCAAGUUGUCCAACACCACGGCGGACGACCCGGGGGCCGCGGACACCCUCUACACGCUGACGGCGGUGGUGGUGCACCUGGGGAGCGGCCCACACCACGGCCACUACGUGUCCCUCAUCAAGAGCGGCCCCCAGUGGCUUUCCUUCGACGACGAGUCCGUACUGCCCAUCACGGAAAGCGAGGUGCAGAGCACGUUCGGAUCCACCUCCGAGUACGGACAAAACAACAUGGACCACGGCUACAUACUCUUCUACGAGCGGGCGGGAGGCUAG